AUGGCUUCGCCCAAACAGGUGAAGAACAAGCAACACUCGGAUAAUUCAUCCUCAUCCGAUCAAGCUGAAAUUGCGAGUCCGACCGACGACUUUUUUGUGGACUUGGAGGACCUGCGUCCGCUCCACUACAAGGACAACGACGACGGCGAAUCUGCCACCAUUUCAGGUAGCACCAAGCGUGAUUGCGACGUCAAGGCUCACGCUCAAGUCGAUGCUCUCCCCAGAGCCAGCGACGAGUACGGUACUCUAGAGUUGGGGAGUAUCCCGUUACUGCCUACAGGGGCUUCUUUGGACGCGCACCUGGACGUGGACGAUUCGGAUGCGGACUCGUAUCUGAGUGACUAUGAUGAUCAUCGUUCAGGGCCUCGUAGGUGGAAUCCGCCGCUGUCGUGCACGCGCGACGGCUUCCUGACUUGGUUACGAGGUCCACAGCCACCUCAUGUGUAUCGAAUUCAUCCUUGGUUUCCGCAAUGGCAGGCUGCACCGGCGCGUUUCGUGGACCGUUGGGCUCCCAGGCGACAGAUGAAGAUUGCCUUGCUCGCGGGAGGCCUGAUCUUCUGGACUCUUGUCUUUUUCCUCUCCUUGAAGGCUGCUGUCGCGGGUCAGACAAUCCCGGGGUACGGGAGCCCGGUCAAGAUUUCGUGUCAUCAUCGGCUGUGGGCCAAUGCCACGGAAUGCGGCCUGAAUGGAGAUCUCUGCCGUCCAUUUGACGAGCAGUCCUUCGCCUUCAGUUGCCCUGCUGGGUGCUCCACUGCCAUCGUGCUGGAGCCAUACAAUAUUGGCAAUCGAUCGUAUAACUACCGUCAACUUGUGAUUGGAGGCAAGCCAUUCCGCGUUGAUGCCCACAAAAGUGGUCUCUAUCGUGGUGACUCGUCCAUCUGUGCCUCAGCAUUGCAUGCCGGUCUCAUUAGCGACGCAAAGGGUGGAUGCGCGAUCCUUCAUCGUCGCGGUGAGCGAGCUGAUUUUCAAAACUUUACCAAGAAUGGAAUUGAAAGUAUCGCAUUUCAGCCCUCGUUCCCAAUGUCAUUUAUCCUGACACGGCAAACGACUCCUUCGCCGGGAUCGGACGAAGGAAAGCUGGUGGAGUGCUUCGAUGUCCGGUGGUCCCUGUUUGCAUUCACCGUCGUGAUGACCACGAUCUUCUCCAUGACCAUCACUUCAGCGCCGGUCUUCUACAGCGUUACGUUCUUCGUUGUGUGGUUCCAGGUCGCCAUGGCAUCGGACCCUCCUGGAUCGAAUAGCUUCUACGGCUUGCUGCAGGUUGGUCUGGGCCGAUUCCUUCCCGGUGCGUUUGUGGGUUUCGCAUUAUAUUACUUCUCCGUUCGGAGGACAUUAGGCGACCUCGACGCACAUGCGGAUAAAACCGUCCUCUGGCUGGGAGCAUGUUGGGUGGGCGCCUUGAAUAACGACACCUUUGACCGCAUACCCAUCUCACGCUUGACCCCCCACGACCUCAAACAGCAACCGGGGGCCAUCACGGCGUUGGUGAUCAUCAUUGGUGUCCUCGUGGUAUCCAUCGUCGUCCAGGCGCAUUGCUUCCGUCGGGAGGGCCGUCUACCGCGCAUGCUGGGACUGUACGGCAUCAUGGCCCUCUGCAUCAUUGUCCUCUUACUAGUGCCCAAGAUGAAUCUUCGUCUCCAUCACUUCAUCCUUGCCCUACUUCUCAUCCCGGGAACCACCCUCCAAACGCGCCUCAGCCUCUUAUUCCAGGGCCUCCUACUAGGCUUAUUCAUCAACGGAAUCGCUCGCUGGGGCUUCGACUCCAUUCUUCAGACCCCCGCCUCACUCCUGGGAGACGGACGUCUCGGCACAAAGCCUCCCCCGGUAAAUCCACCACACAUCGAGCACAGGAAUCACCUGACUUUUUCCUUCCCCGAUCUGCCCCCGCACGUCGACGGAAUCGGUGUGAUUGUCAACGACGUCCUUCGGUACCAGGGCAUGAAGGCCAAAGACAAUAGCUCCGUGCCGGACUUUGAGUGGUCGCGACUACAACCCAAUCAACCCGAGUACUUUCAGCUCGGCUAUGUACAUUCGAAUGCGUUGGGGGGACAAUGGUACGAGGACUUUUCUGUGCCUUCGACCUGGGCUGUGAGUGGGGACUUCUUUUAUCCAGCGUAG